CAAGACAGCGUGCUCUAAAUAAUGUUUAUAAACCUUUAAGAGGGAAGACAAUACUGGUGUUAAAUUGCUCUACGACGCCGUAACUAUCACAUUAUGGGACGUUCUUAAAAUUGGCUAUACGACGAAGAAAUGUUAAUGGACAGGUGUACGUGCGGGGCGGAAGUAAUGUCCUUGGCUAUAUGUUUCCGUGUGAAGGUGCAAAUUGUGCGACCUCAAUAAGCGUAAUGGACUGUGCGGAUUAAGAAAGCUGCAGUAAAAUGCCGCUGAACUGAAACCAGCAACGUGAAUGACAACAAGAAUCGUGUCGUUUAAUCUGCUGGAGUGUUCGGUAUUCACGUUCAGCAGGCUACGGCAUCUUUUCCUACACCUAACGUUUGUCUGAAGUGUGGUUGGCUGAUGGAUGAAAGGCGGAUAAGGUUGGUUGAUGGUGGGACGCAAGUAGCUAUCUCUAUAGUCUCGUAGUCUAGGAGUGCAAUGCGGUUGUGGAUGUCUCUUCACCUCUCUGCUGGCCCCUCUCUCCAUUCUUCACCUCCUGUCUCCAGUGUCUUCUCACUCUGCUUGGAGAAAGACCCUUGUUCUUAGUGGGAACAUGCUCUGUGAAGUCAAAAGCGCACCCAGGUGCGGUUUACUAUUCUGCACUAGGCCUUGGGAGCUGGUUCUGCUGUUUCUUGGAUAUCUGCUCUGCCUUUGCCCUCCUGCUGGGGUGGCUGCCAGCAUCUGCAGAGUGACGGGUGGUGUGUUGGGUAUCCAUCGUGACAGUGUGCUGGGCCUGGGCUGGCGGCCGCUCGCCGUGGCCCAAGUGGGGACACGUUGCUGGGAGUCGUGCUGCCUGGAGCCCUCGUGCGGCGCUGUGUGGAGCCUGGGAGGCCGUUGUGUGCUGCUGCGAUGCAUUCAGCCUGACGGCUGCUCCAUCAAGGCGCUGCCACAACCCCAUGCCGGGUCUCUGGGCCUCUUGCAGCUGCUUGAUAAGGGUUCCUCCAAGAAGACGAGGAGUCCUCGCCAGACACGGGCUGCUGGAGUCAUCGGCAUGGCAGAGCACAAACGCAGCCAUCGUGACACUUCAGAAGCACAAUCCUCCAACCUGACAACUUCAGUGGCUGCAGUCAGUGGGGAAGUCCUGCAAGUGACGGCCAAUAAACCGAUGAAUGAUCCCACCAAUGGCAGUAGAGAGGUGCUGGCUCCCUCAGCUUCUUGGCAGAAUUGGACAUCACCAGAUGAUGUGGAUCAUUCAGCUUCCAACAGCAGUGCUUGGUCACCAACACUUGUUCCUCAGUAUUAUUCUUCCACUUCAGCAACAACUCCAUCUGUGAGGGAGCUGGUGGUAUCUGCUGGCACCAAUGUGGAGGUCACUCUGCCGAGUAAUGAGGUGGAGCUGAAUGCUUUUGUAGUGCCAGCACCCCCUUCAGGGACUAAGUAUGCCUUUGACUGGCAUUUAAGAACUCACCCUAAAGACUCCAGUGGAGAAAUGGAGGGACAACAUAGCAAGACGCUCAAACUCAGCAAGCUCACGGUGGGACUCUAUGAAUUUAAGGUCAUAGUGGAUGGUGAUGGUGCACAUGGAGAAGGCAAUGUCAAUGUUACAGUCAAACCAGAGCCCAGGGUGAAUAAGCCACCUGUCGCCGUGGUUUCCCCAAAGUACCAGGAGAUCUCUUUGCCAACCAGCUCCACUGUGAUCGAUGGUAGUCAGAGCACUGAUGAUGAUAAGAUAGUUGCAUGGCACUGGGAAGAGGUGAAGGGGCCGCUCAGGGAGGAAAAGGUCUCAGCCGAUACAGCUGUCCUUACACUCACGAGCCUCGUUCCGGGCAACUACACCUUCAAUCUCACAGUGACUGACUCAGACGGGGCUCAGAAUUCGACCCAAGCCAUGCUGUGUGUCAACAAGGCAAUGGACUACAGGCCUGUAGCCAAUGCCGGGCCCAACCAGGUCAUCACACUACCUCGCAACUCCAUCACUCUCUGUGGCAACCAGAGCACAGAUGACCAUGAGCCUCUAGCAUAUGAAUGGUCUCUCAGCCCAGAUAGCAAAGGCAAGGUGGUGGAGAUGCAGGGAGUACGAAAACCAAAUCUGCAGUUGUCUGCUCUGCAAGAGGGGGACUACACUUUCCAGCUGACUGUUACAGACUCCUCUGGACAGCAGGACACGGCUCAGGUCACCGUCAUUGUACAGCCAGAGAACAACAAGCCCCCCAUGGCAGACGCAGGGCCAGACAAGGAGUUGACACUUCCUGUUGAUCACACUACCUUGGAUGGCAAAAAGAGCAGCGAUGACCAAAAAAUUGUUGCCUACCACUGGGAGCAGACUGAUGGGCCUGACGGUGUGAAGAUGGAGAACGCAGACAUCGAGGUAGCCACUGUGACAGGGCUGCGGGUGGGGAAGUACAUUUUCACGCUGACUGUGACAGACGAGAGGGAUCUGCAGAGCUCCGACACGGUCACCGUAACUGUUCGUGAGGAGCUUGACCAGUUCCCUGUGGCCAGGGUGCAGUCCAGCCCGCCAGUUACACUACCCUUCCGCACGGCAGUCCUAGAUGGCUCCCAUUCCUCCGAUGACAAGGGGGAGAUCAGCUACCUGUGGUCCCGGGAUGACAGCAGCCCGGCAGCUGGGGAUGUCCUGAAUAACUCUGACCACCAGCCAGUGCUGUUCCUUGGUAACUUGGUGGAAGGGAAGUACAGCUUCACUCUGACCGUGACAGACAGCAAGGGUCAGAGCAGCUCUGACAGAGGCACUGUGGCGGUCCGCUCAGAUAUGUGGGAGCAGGACCUUGUGGAGAUGGUCUUGGAGGUAGCAGUGUCCCAAGUGUCCCACAGGCAGAAGGACCUGCUACUCAGACAGGUGGGCGUCCUCCUGGGUAUUUUGGACAGUGACAUCACCGUGCGGGAGAUCAGUGCCUUCAAUGAACACAGCACUCGUUUAGUAUUCUUGGUGUCUGGAGGACCUGGGAGUCCACCACUGUCUGGUCACAGUGUUGCCACGAGAUUGCGUAACAAACUUAGGAAGCAAAAAAAUGACUUCCUCAUCUUUAGGGCCUGGCGGGUGGACACAGUCAUCUGCCAGCUGAACUGCUCCAGCCAUGGGGAGUGCGAUCCCUUUACCCGCCGCUGUGUCUGCCACCCUUUCUGGAUGGAGAACUUCAUCAGAACCUACCUGGGGGAUGCAGAGAGCAACUGUGAAUGGAGUGUUUUGUAUGUGACAAUAACAUCAUUCAUGAUGGUGGUUGCCAUAGCAGCUGUGGUGUGGGGCCUAAUCUGCUGUUGCAAAAGACGCAAAGGAAAAGUAAGACGGAAAAGUCGUUAUAAAAUGCUUGAAGGAGAAGACCAGGAUAGCAUGGAACUGCAUCCACCUAGAGCAGGCCGGCUGAAGCCAGUAUCUGCCCCCUCUUCUGCUCUCAUGCACUCUGAUUCAGACCUGGACAGUGAAGAUGGCCAGGCUGGUGUUCCUUGGACAGACCGAGAGCGGGGUCACCUUCUGCGGUCCCAAAAUGGGUCCUUGCGCAAUGGCCAAGGACCCCACAAACCCAAAAAACAGAGGGAGGAGCUGCUAUAGUGGCAAGGACUAAACCCUUCAUUGUUUCUCUCUCAUGGGCCUUGCACUCCACACACUGGCAUGUCACUUAGGAGACUUAUAGUUGUGUAUGUGGGAACACCUUUCAAAAUGGAAAGGCAGCCUGCCUGUCAUCUGACGCUGAAUCUCAGCAUCCAGUCUGAGCCAGGGGACUGGUAGGUUCAGUAACUGUGGCAAACUGUCUUUGGCUGAUGUCUUUAUCCAGUUAAAUAUUUUGAGCCAUCCACCCCCAGAGCCAAUGAGAGUGUAUUGCUUCAGAAGAUGUAGUAUAUGUGAAAUGGGAGAACUGUUUAACAGGACUUGUUUAAAAAAAUAAAUAAAUACAUUUUAAAAACUUAAAGUACCUCUCUAAAAAUAGGUCCCACUCUUGACACAUCACCAAUCAGAAGAUAGCUGAGCCUGUAUGGCAGUACUCUUUUGUGAACUGAUGACUUGAGCCCUCUAAAUACUGCCUAGAACAUCCCAUAACUAUACAGCUUCCUCACACUUGUGGCAAUAGUGCAGACAGAGCUUGUCCUCGGUGCUGCUCUCACAUCCGCCAAGUUUUAUGAUUGUGUGAUGCAAGAUUUGUUACUGAAAAUAAUGCAUGUAUUUAAUCAGGUUGUAUGUGAUUCUGUGCAUUAGUUUGUCUGCGUGGCCUUGGUGCCAUCGCAUGUAUCAGGCUUAGGAUUCUUUACCUUUUUGCCAAUGAAAUCACCAGCAAACAGUGACAUCUGCAGAUGCUUUGCUUUGCGUGUCAGGGUUAGGAUGUGCGUUAUAGAGCUAAAGGGAUAAUGUGGGGGAUGUAUUUGAUGUUUACUUAUUUAGGAGUUUGUUUGUUUUUUUUUAUUUGGCACACACUGGAAAAUUCACUGGAUGCAAUACUGACCUUCAUGUCUUGGGCCUUUGGCUUUGACUAAGGUUCUGUGAAAUGAAUGCAACCGGAGGUAAAAAGCAGAGUUUUUUGGCACUCGUCUCAAGACAGACUGUUGAACAUGAACAACCACUUUGUCUCAUCUCCUUUAAUUUGUUCAGCAAAUUACUUGAUGCUCAUGCACUUUGUGUUAUGCACAUUUGUCUGCUACUCGAUUCUCACUGGAUUCUGAUAUGACUUGGUCAUUUUAGGAGUGCAUUUGAUAAAGGCUUUUGUGAUUUACCAUUUUAUAAGACACUCCUUUUCCAAUGUUGCUCAUAUUAGUGAUGGUGUGUGUGUGUGUGUGUGUGUGUGUGUGUGUAACUGGACUACUUGAAUGAAGUAUCUUCAUGUCAGGAUGUUGUAGGGCAAACAUUGAAUCAUUGAAUGCAUCCUGAUGUUUGAUCCAAGUUCAAUUAAUAUGAAUGCUUUCUUCACAAAUGCAUGAAUGGGUAAUGUAAACCCCACUGAAAGAAUAGGGAAGAGAAACUGAGAAUUAUGGUGUUUUCCUAAUUUUAAUAUCAAUGUUUUUAGUGAAGGAUUCCCUGUGUCAUGUGAGUCAAAUACAACUGCAUUCUUUCAAUUAAAAUACCUUUGCAUCUACA